GGCGCCGCAGGGUCCCCCCGCCCCUCCCCUCCCAUCCCGUCCCGUCCCGUCCCUCCGCCAUGGCGGCCACCGGCGUCCUGCCCUUCGUGCGCGGCGUCGACCUGAGCGGCAACGACUUCAAGGGCGGGUACUUCCCGGAGCACGUGAAGGCCAUGACCAGCCUGCGCUGGCUGAAGCUGAACCGCACGGGGCUCUGUUACCUGCCCGAGGAGCUCGCUGCCCUCCAGAAGCUGGAACACCUCUCCGUGAGUCACAACAGCCUCACCACGCUCCAUGGAGAGCUCUCCGGCCUGCCCUGCCUCCGGGCCAUCGUGGCUCGUGCAAACAGCCUGAAGAACUCAGGAGUCCCUGAUGACAUCUUCCAGCUGGAUGACCUCUCGGUGCUGGACCUGAGCUACAACCAGCUCACGGAGUGUCCCCGGGAGCUGGAGAACGCCAAGAACAUGCUGGUCCUCAACCUGGGCCACAACAGCAUCGACACCAUCCCCAACCAGCUCUUCAUCAACCUGACGGACCUGCUCUACCUCGACCUGAGCGACAACAAGCUGGAGAGCCUCCCGCCGCAGAUGAGGCGCCUGGUCCACCUCCAGACCCUCAUCCUCAACAACAACCCCCUCCUGCACGCACAGCUCCGGCAGCUCCCAGCAAUGACAGCCCUGCAGACCCUCCACCUCCGGAACACCCAGCGCACGCAGAGCAACCUGCCCACCAGCCUCGAGGGCCUGGUGAACCUGGCAGACGUGGACCUGUCCUGCAACGACCUCAGCCGUGUCCCCGAGUGCCUCUACACCCUGGGCAGCCUGCGGCGCCUCAACCUCAGCAGCAACCAGAUCACAGAGCUGUCCCUCUGCAUCGACCAGUGGACCCAGCUGGAGACCCUCAACCUGUCCCGCAACCAGCUCACCUCCUUACCCUCAGCCAUCUGCAAGCUGACCAAGCUGAAGAAGAUGUACCUGAACUCCAACAAGCUGGACUUCGAUGGGAUCCCCUCGGGCAUCGGCAAGCUCACCAACCUCGAGGAGUUCAUGGCGGCCAACAACAACCUGGAGCUCAUCCCCGAGAGCCUGUGCAGGUGCUCCAAGCUGAGGAAGCUGGUGCUGAACAAGAACCGCCUGGUGACGUUGCCAGAGGCCAUCCACUUCCUGACGGAUGUGGAGGUCCUGGACGUGCGCGAGAACCCCAACCUGGUGAUGCCCCCGAAGCCGGUGGAUCGGACCUCGGAGUGGUACAACAUCGACUUCUCCCUGCAGAACCAGCUCCGCCUGGCUGGGGCCUCCCCGGCCACUGUGGCUGCUGCCGCUGCUGCAGGGAGUGGCACCAAGGACCCGCUGGCCCGCAAGAUGCGGCUCCGGCGGCGCAAGGACUCUGCCCAGGACGACCAGGCCAAGCAGGUGCUGAAGGGGAUGUCAGACGUGGCCCAGGAGAAGAACAAGAAGAUAGAGGAGAGCGGGGAGGCGAAGGCGCCGGACCUGAAGACGCGGCGCUGGGACCAGGGCCUGGAGAAGCCACAACUGGACUACUCGGAGUUCUUCAGUGAGGACGUGGGGCAGCUGCCUGGCCUCUGUGUCUGGCAGAUCGAGAACUUCGUGCCCACGCUGGUGGACGAGGCUUUCCACGGCAAGUUCUACGAGGCCGACUGCUACAUCGUGCUCAAGACAUUCCUGGAUGAGAAUGGUUCCCUCAACUGGGAGAUCUACUACUGGAUCGGGCAGGAGUCGACGCUGGACAAGAAGGCCUGUUCUGCCAUCCACGCCGUCAACCUCCGCAACUACCUGGGGGCCGAGUGCCGCUGCAUCCGGGAGGAGAUGGGGGAUGAGAGCGAAGAGUUCCUCCAUGUCUUCGACAAUGACAUCUCCUACAUCGAGGGUGGCACAGCCAGCGGCUUCUUCACCGUUGAGGACACACAAUAUGUCACCAGGCUGUACCGUGUCUAUGGGAAGAAGAACGUCAAGCUGGAGCCAGUGGCACUGAAAGGGACAUCGCUGGACCCACGGUUUGUCUUCCUCCUGGACCAUGGCCUCGACCUCAUGGUGUGGCGUGGGAGCCAGGCCACCUUGAGCAGCACCACCAAGGCCAGGCUCUUCGCCGAGAAGAUCAACAAGAACGAGCGGAAGGGCAAGGCCGAGAUCACGCUGCUCACCCAGGGCCAGGAGACCCCCGAGUUCUGGGAGGCACUGGGGGGGCAGCCCGAGGAGAUCCGGCCCUGUGUCCCUGAUGACUUCCAGCCCCACAAGCCCAAGCUGUACAAGGUCGGCCUCGGUCUGGGCUACCUGGAGCUGCCCCAGAUCAACUACAGGCUCUCAGUGGAGCACAAGAAGAGGCUGAAGGCUGAUCUGAUGCCAGAGAUGCGCCUGCUGCAGAGCCUGCUGGACACCAAGAGCGUGUACAUCCUGGACUGCUGGUCCGACGUCUUCAUCUGGAUCGGGAGGAAGUCGUCGCGGCUGGUGCGGGCGGCGGCGCUGAAGCUGAGCCAGGAGCUGUGCACCAUGUUGCACCGGCCCAAGCACGCCAUGGUCACCAGGAACCUCGAGGGCACCGAGUGCCAGGUGUUCAAGUCCAAGUUCAAGAACUGGGACGACGUCCUGCGCGUGGAUUACACCCGGAACGCCGAGACGGUGCUGCAGGAUGGUGGCUUGGCCGGCAAGGUCCGCAAGGACGCCGAGAAGAAGGACCAGAUGAAGGCCGACCUCACGGCGCUCUUCCUGCCCCGGCAGCCCCCCAUGCCCCUCAGCGAGGCAGAGCAGCUGAUGGAGGAGUGGAACGAGGAUCUGGAUGGCAUGGAGGGCUUCGUGCUGGAGGGCAAGAAGUUCGCUCGCCUGCCCGAGGAGGAGUUUGGCCACUUCCACACCCACGACUGCUACGUCUUCCUGUGCAGGUACUGGGUGCCAGUGGAGUAUGAGGAGGAUGAGGAGAAGAAGAAGAAGGGUGAAGGCAAAGGGGAGGAGGAGGGUGAGGAAGAGGAGGAGGAGAAACAACCCGAAGAAGACUUCCAGUGCAUCGUCUACUUCUGGCAGGGCCGGGAGGCCUCCAACAUGGGCUGGCUCACCUUCACCUUCAGCCUCCAGAAGAAGUUUGAGAGUCUCUUCCCUGGCAAGCUGGAGGUGGUGCGCAUGACCCAGCAGCAGGAGAACCCCAAGUUCCUCUCGCACUUCAAGAGGAGGUUUGUGAUCCACCGGGGCAAGCGGAAGGAGCGGGCCAGCCCUCCCCAGCCCAGCCUCUACCACAUCCGCACCAACGGCGGGGCCCUCUGCACCAGGUGCAUCCAGAUCAACACAGACGCUGCUCUGCUCAACUCCGAGUUCUGCUUCAUCCUCAAGGUGCCCUUUGAGAGCACAGACAACCAGGGCAUUGUCUACACAUGGGUGGGCCGGGCAGCCGACCCUGACGAGGCCAAGCUGGCCGAGGACAUAAUGAACCACAUGUUUGAUGACUCCUACAGCAAACAGGUCAUCAACGAGGGAGAGGAGCCCGAAAACUUCUUCUGGGUGGGCAUCGGGAGCCAGAAGCCCUACGAUGAAGAUGCCGACUACAUGAAGCACUCCCGGCUCUUCAGGUGCUCCAAUGAGAAGGGUUAUUUCUCCGUGUCGGAAAAGUGCUCGGAUUUCUGCCAGGAUGAUCUGGCUGAUGAUGACAUCAUGCUGCUGGACAACGGGCGAGAGGUCUACAUGUGGGUGGGCACCCAGACCAGCCAGGUGGAGAUCAAGCUGAGCCUCAAGGCGUGCCAGGUCUACAUCCAGCACAUGCGCUCCAAGGACCCCGCGCGGCCCCGCAAGCUCCGCCUGGUGCGGAAAGGAAACGAGCCCUGGCCCUUCACCCGCUGCUUCCACGCCUGGAGUGUGUUCCGCAAACCACCCGCCUAAGGGCUGGGGGCACCCGGUGCUCCGGCCACGGCCCCCCCGGCACGGCUGGACACAGCACCCUGCGCUGCCGCACAUGCCUGCUCCCAGCCAGGCUCGGCUUGGAGCUGCUUCCCCCCAGAGCCGGGGCCAGUGGGGAGCACUGGGGCUCUGUCCCCACCUUCUCCUGGCACAGGGCCCCUCCCUUUCCUGGGAGGGCCCCUGUUACACCCUGCUUGGGGAUGCCGCUGCCCCAAACCAGUGCCGAGCUCCCCCUGCGACUGGGGGGCAGGAGCGAUUCCCAGUCUGGGGGGAGGACGCUUUGCUAAGGAGAACGGGGGAGAGUGAGGGGCUCUCAGCCCUGGGCCUUACAGCUGGGGGAUGUACAGCUGUCCUGGGGGAUGGAACCCUGGCAGGGAUCAGCCCAGCAGGAUCAUAUCAAUAAAGGCUGCCCUUCUCACCCCAACACCGUCCCAGGCUCUGUCUCACUCCCAAGUGGGGUCCCCGCCCCACCCUGAUCCUGCCCCUCCCACAGCUCAGGGGAACCCCAGCACUCACCUGGCUCCAAGGCUCCCAGAACACCUGCAGCCCGGGCAGUUGAUAUUAAAUGCUUUAUUUUCAAUAUUAAAAACCAGUAUUUUUAAUAACUAAACAA